AUGUUGAAUAUGCCUAGCACAGUGGCCGAAGAUGCUGCCAAAGCAGUGGAGUUGAAGAAUGAAGGUAACGUACAGAUUAAAAAACUAAACUAUCCGAAGGCAAUUGAGUUUUACACAAUGGCUAUUGAACUCGAUGGCACACAGUCUAUUUACUUCUCUAAUAGGGCUUUGGCACAUUUAAAGCUCGACAACUUUCAAAGCUCAUUGCAUGAUUGUGAGACAGCAUUGAAAUUGAACCCAAAAAAUAUAAAAGCGUAUCACAGACGUGGUCUUUCUUAUGUCGGAUUGCUCGAAUUCAAGAAAGCUCGCAAUGAUCUUCAAGUCGUCUUGAAAGGUAAGCCAGGUGAUACAACAGCAACAAGGGCCCUGGAAGUCUGCGAAAAAUUUAUAAGAGAGGAGAGGUUUAGAAAAGCGAUCGGAGAUGAUGGAGAGUCCAAUAAAGCCAGGUUUUGUGAAACCGUGAGAUUAGAUACUUUUGAUUCAAAUGCUGAUUUGCUUAAAUAUGAGGGUCCCAAGUUGACUCUCUUUCAAUUAUCAGACGAAAAAGGUGAUUGUGCAGGCGCUGAAAUCAGUGAUAUGAAUCCUGAAUUCAUCUCUAAAUUAGUUGAAAUGUUUACACAAGGCAAGAAUCUUCCGAAGAAGUAUGCUGCUGCAAUUGUCUCCCAUGCCAACAGACUUUUCCGCAAAGAGCCCACAGUUGUCGAACUGUGUAACAGGGAGACUCCUGAUGCGAAGAUCACUGUUUGUGGUGAUACACACGGCCAACUUUACGAUGUUUUGAAUCUUUUCCGGAAAUUUGGCAAAGUGGGUCCAAAACACACUUAUUUGUUCAAUGGUGAUUUUGUGGACCGCGGUUCUUGGUCCUGUGAGGUUGCCUUAUUAUUCUAUUGCUUGAAAAUCGUCUAUCCGCAUAAUUUUUAUUUGAAUAGAGGGAACCAUGAAACCAACAAUAUGAACAAAAUAUACGGAUUUGAAGACGAGUGUAAUUAUAAGUACUCCUCCCGUAUAUUUGACAUGUUUGCGGAAAGUUUUGAGAGUUUACCUUUGGCUACCAUCAUAAAUGAUGAUUAUUUGGUCAUGCAUGGUGGACUGCCAAGUGAUACAUCUUGCAGCCUGGAAGAUUUCAAGAAAAUAGAUAGAUUUUCUCAACCCCCAAGAGAAGGUGCCUUCAUGGAGCUGCUUUGGUCCGAUCCACAGGAAGCUGACGGAUUUGGCCCAUCUCAACGUGGGUUGGGCUUCGCGUUUGGUGCUGACAUUACAAAACAAUUUUUAGAGAAAAACAAACUGAAAAAGAUUUUCAGGUCUCAUGAGGUAAGGAUGAGCGGUGUACAGUUCGAGCAUGAUGGUAAGUUAGCAACGGUUUUCAGUGCGCCAAAUUACUGCGAUACACAAGGUAAUCUUGGGGGUGUAAUCCAUGUCGUACCUGGUGAAGGCAAGCUAUUACAAAAUGGAAACGAUGAUGAAAAUUUAAUUGUUGAAACUUUUGAGGCAGUUCCACACCCUGAAAUUAAACCAAUGGCAUACUCAAAUGGAGGACUAGGCUUCUAG